AUGUCUUUGACGGUCACAAUCUCCUGGAUCACCGGCUGUUUGGUGCUGGCCUAUCCGCUUCUUUCUCGGAUCCUCAAGUUGGGCAGAAAGCCUGAGAGGCUCAGCAAUGCAGACACAACGUCGCAGGCCGGAUCGCACACACUGGUGGUCCUCGGCGCCGGCAUGGCAGGAGUCCCCCUCGUCCACCACCUGCUCAAGCACACGCCUGCAUCCGUGGGCUUGCGUGUUGUGCUGGUUAGUCCCAAUGACGAGCUGCUAUGGGCCUACGCCACUGUACGUGCCAUUCUGCCAGACGGAUUCGGCGAUGAAAGAAUAUUCCAUCCGCUAGGCCCUGCCCUGGCCAAGUAUGACAGCUCCAAAUUUGAGUAUGUUCUGGGAACUGCAAAGCAUGUGGACACCCAGGAAAACCAAGUCGUUAUAUCCACGAAAGACGACGAGCAACUGCGGACCAUCGACUACGACACCCUCGUCAUUGCAACAGGCUCCUCAUAUCAGGAUGCCAUGCCCUUCAAGAACCUGGCAGACACAGCCGCCACCAAGAAUGAAAUUCACAAUCUCCGCAACAAGAUUGCCGCAGCAACAUCUAUCGUAGUAGCCGGUGCCGGCCAAACGGGCGUUGAAGUCGCAGCGGAGCUCGGCCAGGUGUACGGAAUGGCGGGCACCAAGGACAUAACACUAAUAGCCGACGAUGCCCUCCCGUUGUGGCCCGAGGCGCGCAGCGACGUGAGACAGACGGUGGCCGACGAGCUGGCAAAGCUGAAAGUCAAGAUUAUAUCCAACACACGCGUGCUGAGCGCCACGACUCAGUCGGACGGGAGGCAUUCCAUCGUCUUGGCUACUAGCUCCAAGGGCAACACGGACAAGGCGGACACGACGGCCACGAUCGUGACGGAUCUCUACAUCCCCACUUUUGGCGUCCGUCCCAACACAGCCUUCAUGGCCGCGGCCAUGCUCGACCGUGAUGGCCGGAUCAAGGUCAAUCGUGACACGCUGCAGGUUUCUGGCCAUGCCAACGUAUUUGCCUUGGGGGAUGCCGCCAACGCCCAGACGGCCACCGGAAAACACGCCGACGCACAGGUGCGGUUCUUGGCUCCGGCCUUACAAGACUUGUUGGCGGGGCGCUCUAUGCCGAUGUACAAGGCCGACGACACCUUCGUGUUCGCCGUCACCCUGGGCCCGAAUCGUGGCACGGGACAGAUGGGCAAUAUGCGGCUAUGGGGAUGGAUUGUCCGCAUGACCAUUUGCAAGUACUUGGGCACAGAUUAUGCGCCGGAGAUUGCAGCAGGGAACAGGACUAUCACGCAGAAGAAUUGGUAG